AUGGACGCCUCGAAGUUUGCCCUAUUCUUCGGCAACGUUCCGGUGUUCAUAAUCCCCGGACGCACUUUUCCCGUACAACUCUACUUCUCGAAGAAUACGUGCGAAGACUACGUCGACGCAGCCGUCAAACAGACCCUUCAAAUCCAUUUGGGAGGACUUCCGGGCGAUAUAUUGGUGUUUAUGCCGGGACAGGAGGACAUUGAGGUCACGUGCGAAGUGAUCGCCGAACGGCUCAAGACAUUAUCGGAGACCUCGCAGACAGAAACGCCCGAAUUGUCAAUACUUCCCAUAUAUUCUCAAUUGCCGUCCGAUUUACAGGCGAAGAUCUUCGUCUUCCGACUUCUGCCAGAUGCGUUCACAUAA